AUGUACAGUUGUUACGAUACGAUAGCCACAGAUGAUCAAGAAGAGUUGUUAACGGCAUUUUUAAUGCUGGAACAAGCAAAGGGCCACGCGUCUCGAUGGGCUCCGUAUUUUCAAGUGCUACCGUCAUUUAUUUCGAAAAAUACCGUCCCAUCGCCACUUUUCAGCAACGAAGAGGAUGUCGAUGCCUUACAGGACGAACGUAUGAUACAAACUGCACGAACUGAGAGGCAGAGAGCCAAGAAAGCGUAUGGUCGGUUUAAACGACUUUUUCGCUCUUUUCUGGAUGAUAAAACUAUGAGUUUAUCACGAUAUCUCUGGACUCGUUUUCUAGUUAACUCGAGAGCAUUUUCGAUCCGAGGUCAGCGUGUGUUAGUGCCAUUUGGAGAUAUUUUCAAUGGAGAACCAGACGAUGAAGCUCGGCAACAAGACAACGGACAGCGGUUCCUUUUGUUCCAUGAUCUUCAGCCUCAGGGCAUGACUAUCCGAGCAGAUCGCGACACGUUGAGUGGCCAGCAUCUCUUUGAAGAUUACGGAGACAACAGCAACUAUGUGUAUUUCCUGCAUCAUGGGUUUCUUAUGAGCGAUAAAGGUUUCGACUGUGCAGUUUUUCGACUUCCAAGACUGGCAGAAGCUUCUCUAGAAGAUAGUGGAAUCUUAGCGUCGAAGUUGCAUAUUUUAUCACGGAUUCGAGUCGACGAUGCGCCGCAGGUGUGUAUUUCUCGAGCUGGAAAUGUGGAAGACUCUGAUCUGGUGCGUGUUUACACAGCUCUGUACAAUAUGAAUGCUGAACAAGUCCGAGCUUGUGAUAAUGCUAGAGCAUUUAGUGAAUGUUUCCCGUCUGAAUUGAUGCCAGAUCUAGACACUGAACUUGGAUAUCACGAAUUAUCGCUGUUGCUGAAGUCUAUCAAGCUGCAAUUGGAGAAAUAUGCUACUACUCUUGAAGAGGAUCAAACAAUACUUCAGCAUCUUACGGAUGUUACGGUAUCUGGUAACAAACACGCUGUAACUUUCCGAUUAAGUCGAAAGCAGAUUUUACGUGAAGCUCAAAGAAAUUUGGCAACACAGUUGAAAAAUAGCGAAAGGAAAGCCAAAAAUGACGUUAGCGAACCUCAAUUAUCCCCUUCUAAAGAGCUUGAGCUUGAGGAGGUUGGCAACAAGCUCGAACGAUUCCAACAAUGGAUCGCUCGUCAUCAUUUCCCAGUGAAUUCUUUGGAGUUGCGAUACGUCAGUGAAGCCGUCGGGUACGGCACGUUUGCUGUCAAACGUCUAGCUAUUGGAGACGUGUACCUGAAAGUACCCGUCCAAGUCGUUAUGAAUGUCUGGUCAGCUGUGAAGUCUCGUUGGGUAAGUCAAACGAUGCAGGAGCUUCAGAAGCAACGUGUGAGUGUUGACAGAGAAGAAAUGCUGCUACUUCUUCACCUUUUAGAGGAGAAAUUUGGUCCGAAUCAUCGUCACUCAUUCUGGAAACCGUAUCUGGAAAUGCUACCAGAUUUAGAAGACUCCUUAAACUCACCUCUGUUCUAUGAAGAAGUAGAGCUAAAGACACUUGAAGGCACCGAUCUGUUAACUCUUGUGGUUAACUAUCGCAAGCGAGUGGCUCGAUCCUAUGUUACUAUCGCGAGCUACUUGAAGCAAUCGGGUCAUGAUGAAACACUACAAUGGCUCACUGAAAGACGCUUCCGAUGGGCCAACGCUGUGCUUGACUCUCGUAGUAUUUGGUGGAGCGGCCAGCGCCACCUCGUGCCGCUACUUGACAUGGUUAACUGCCAAGAACUCAACGUAAAUCACAAACCGCAUCACACGAUUCUCGACUCAUCUGGUCGUCACGCGGUCACGAAAUCGUCCUGGGAGUUCCAAGCUGGUCAAGAAGUUGUCGAGAACUACGCUCAGACAAACUACAUUUACUUACUCUACCACGGCUUCGUCUUGGACUCCAACAGCCACGACUGUGCUCAUUUCCAUCUCGAGAUGCCAGUUGCAGCACGUCACCGUAGAUUUUCCGUCCUGCUUCGAAUAUCAUGA